UUUACUUCGUACCACCCACAUAACAUCAGGUCAGCUGCGACUCUUUUCGGGACAUUUAUUUCCAAUUCGACUUCCUUCAUUUUCAAACUUCCGAAUACACCAUAUAUCUUAUAUUGUUCAUAUUGUUCAUACAUGUACUAUCCCAUCUGCAAAUUCUUGUUGGCCACUACAUACUGUCAAGUAGAGAGCGCCCCAAUCAUAAAAAAGUAUAUAGGUACACGCUAAUCACCAUUCGCGCGCAAUUAUUGCGAUAAUCUUCAAUAUGCUCGACGAGAACUUGCCAACCUUCUUCUUUAGACAUUCGUCUAAUAACCCGCUCCUUGAUGUCCUUUACUUCUCACAGAACGGCUCUGAGCCCACGCCCGAAUAUUCCCUUCAGAGAAUCAAUCCGGACUUACCCCAGUCGAAGAAUAAAUAUGCCGUGGCUUUAGAAGAUGCGUGCGUUCAGGAUGUCAUCUUUGCUGAAGUCGUGAUUGAGCCCGAACUUCAACAACUUCCCCUUUCCGCUGCCGAGAGUCGACAGCUAAAUGGCGCUCCACCCCCUCCUGUACCUAACAUACCCGAUGGAUUCACCAUACAGCUUUAUAACCCGGAACAGCAGGUUGUGGUGAAGGGAGAGAAGAGUACAUGGACCGGAAAGGAGUCAUGGGAGUUUGAGAUGCCACAACAGAGUUUUCGCAUGCCUUCAACCGCCAAGGUCGAUCGCCAACAAACCACACCAGUUGCAAGCAACAUCACCCCCAAGAUCAUGUUUAAGUGGAAGCGAGACAGCAAAUUCUCUAAAGACAUGACAUGCUAUAUGACGGGAACUUCGAUCGGUGGCAGAAAGAACAAGGAUCCAGACAUCACCAUAGCACUAUUUAAGCACGGGAGGGAAUCCAGCGUCACUAUAUACGAACCCAACUUACAGAGGGUAGACAUAGAGGAUCGCAAAGGUCUCGAAGUUGUACUACUGCUUGGUGCCGAGGUCAUUCGUGAGAUAUACCUCUUCCCUAGCCGCGACUCUUUUAAUAUUGCUGGCGCGCCAACUAGGCGCAAGAAUUCACGACCAAGUCCAAGUCCAACCUCAACACCACCGGCGCCUGUCAUGACCAGUGCUUUGGGAAAUGUACCUACCACUACCUCGCCUAUCACGCAACAGCCAACCCCGCCUCAGGAUGCCAGAAUCGAAAAUGAAACUAGGCGCCUUCAAGCACUAGUCCAGCAAGAGGAACGGGAGCGUGAGAAACAGGAACGUGAGGAGCAGAAGCGCAUCAAGAGGAUGUUAGAUGAGGAGGAAAAGGAGCGAAGACGCCGCGAUGCUGAAGUAGACAAGGAGACAGCGAGGUUGCUGAAAGAAUUCGGCAUACAAGGACAAGAUUUUGGCCCCAAACCAAACUUGCCUCCUCGACCAAGUGCAGGACCAAGUUUUGCACAGGGCCCACAGUUACACCCCCCAAUUCCACCGCCGCGGCCCUUGAGCGCUGAGCCGCGACCGCACGGGGGAGGCUUAAGUAGCUGGUUCCACGGCAUGGCCCCACAUGCAGUUGCUCCGUCGUCGAGCCAGCCUCUACCUCACUCGGGGCGUAGGAGAGGGGGGAGUGCAGAUGCCGGGAAGAUGCAGAAGAAGAAGAGCACUUUUUUCUAGAGGAAAAGGGUCUGUCUCUGUGUGUGUUAUCCGUUCAAUUUGAACUGUAAAAAGCAGGACAUUUGUAAAGGCUAGAUUGCUAGGGGCUGAUUUGUAAUGAUACCCAUGAGAUAUUCCCCUUGAGUUUGUACCCAUCUACUGUCGUUGGGGGUCAACGAGGGAGGUAGGAAUGCCUAGGGCAUAUGGUGUCCUUGCUUUAGGGCUCCUUCGCUCUUGAAAUGUAAAUACUAUGUAUUAGUUGUCAGAUACCCCCGAGCUCUGUUUAUAAGUGUCAUAGUGAAUAAAAUAGUCUGACCCAGGAUAA